AUGACUCCUAAGAUCUCCGACUUUGGGAUGGCGAGGAUCUUUGGACGGGAAGAGACGGAAGCCAACACAAGGAAGGUGGUCGGCACUUACGGUUACAUGUCUCCAGAAUAUGCAGUGGAUGGGAUAUUCUCGAUGAAGUCGGAUGUUUUCAGCUUCGGGGUCUUGCUUCUUGAGAUUAUAAGUGGCAAGAAGAAUAACGGAUUCUACAACUCAAACCGUGACCUUAAUCUCCUCGGUUUUGUGUGGAGAUAUUGGAAGGAAGGAAAAGGGAUAGAGAGCGUAGACCCAAUCAUCAUAGAUGAUUCAUCAUCAGCACUACUCCGGACACAUGAAAUUUUAAGAUGUAUACAAAUUGGUCUCUUGUGUGUUCAAGAACGUGCUGAAGACAGACCAGUGAUGUCGACUGUUAUGGUGAUGCUUGGGAGCGAAACUACGGCUAUUCCUCAGCCUAAACGGCCCGGUUUCUGCGUUGGGAGAAGUCUUCUUGAGACUGAAUCGUCCUCAAGUACACAGCGCGGUGAUGAAUUGUCAGUGAACCAAAUCACCCUCUCAGUCAUUGAUGCCCGGUAA